AUGUCCACGGCCAUUAUCGUUUCGUUUCGGCUUCCGUCUCAACUGAAUUUAAUGUGCAGGAAUGCAGCUGCGCUCCAGUCAGUGUCCAAUUUUGGUGAUGGCAGUGAUGCCGGAGAUGUGAGAGCAGCGAAUGUGUGCAUGAGGAUGUUUGAGGACGGACCUCCGCCGUUGCCUCGGAGGGCCUCCACCGAGUCGAGCUCCGAUACAGCUGCAGUUGCUGAUUUGGACGACGAAAAUCGGCUCACUGCCGUAGCAGAUGAAGACGGCGGGGAAAUUGCUGGAAACCUGCGCAUGACGUUUUUCAGUGAACAGGACCUUUCACUUCGCGAAUUCGUCGAUGUGGAUGCCCAGCAGCAGCAGCAGCAGCCGUUAUGCCUCGAUCUUUCAGAAUCAGUUGCGGUUGAGGGGGAGAGCCGCCAAGCGACAGGCGGUGGCGGUGAUAUUUUGGAUGCAAGUAUAGUAGGAGCAGAUGAAGCUGUUCAGGGGAGCGCUGAUGCAUUGAGCGUGGAGGGUACUGCACCGGCAAAUGGCUCGGAAAGAUGCGAGAAGGAGGAGGAGGACGAAUUCGGCGACUUCGAAGAAUGCGUUGCAAUAGAGCGAAAUGCAAACAGCAGUUGGGCAAAUUUCGAAACAGUUGGCAUUGAAAAGCACAUUACAUCAGGUGAUCAAUCGAGCCCUUUAAAGGAAGAAUUGGCUGAGCUCAGAUUACCCAGCUUGGAAGCAAACAGCAGCGGCAGCAGCACCGAGUCAGCUCUAGCUAAUUGCUUUGUCAGUGACCAGCUCUGGGUAAAUGAUAGUGAUCGUGGUGAUGUGAUCGAAGAAAACGAUGAACAAGCAUUCUCGGGUGCCGGAAUAUAUGAAUCUCUGAAUGGAACUGAAAAAACUAACAGCAGCAAUGCCGGGCCUGACAAACUGGUAUGGCUGGCAGUGAGUAUCAUUGAAGAAGCUCUAGCAUUAAAGCUACAGUGGCAGGAAUCGACGGUCCGAAAAGACUUUUUAGAGUCACUAAAUAUCGAUGCGAAUCGGGUUGGUUUUCUUCUUUCUGUUAUGCUUCUGUUGAAUUUUUCUUCGGAUUAG